AUGCUUGUCGUAGGUUUGAGUGGCGGAGUGGCCACUGGUAAGAGUACUGUUUCGAACGUUUUUCGAGCGCAUGGAGUUCCAAUUAUCGAUGCGGAUCUAGUUGCUAGACAAGUUGUUGUUCCCGGAACGUCAACUUACAAACGUCUUCGUAAAGAGUUCGGAGAUGAGUAUUUCGAUGAUGAACAAGGAGGAGUUCUCCGAAGAGAUAAGCUUGGAAAGCUUAUAUUCAGCAACCCAGAGAAACGAAAGGCACUCAAUGCCAUAACUCAUCCGGCAAUCCAAUGGGAAAUGCUGAAACAAUUCCUAACUCUUCUUAUUACUGGAACGAAGUAUAUCGUAUUCGAUACACCACUUCUAUUCGAGAGUGGGUAUGACAAGUGGAUCGGCACAACUAUCGUUGUGUGGUGUGAGUUCGAAAAUGAAGUGGAACGAAUGAUGAAGAGAGACAAUAUAACAAGAGCUGAUGCGGAGGCGAGAAUUCAUGCUCAAAUGGACAUCGAGGAAAAGAAAAAGCGAGCCAAAAUCGUAAUCGAUAAUAAUGGAAAUAUAGAUGAGUUACGGGAGAAAGUCAAAGAAGUGAUUGCUCAAAUGGACAAAUCGUGGAAACCGUACAUCUUCCGUGUCGUCUUUGGACUAAUUCUCGGAGUCGUGCCAUACUAUUUCAUCAAACACAUGAGAUCUUAA